AAUGUGGGGCCAGGUGGGCCGGGGGGGGAGGUUAGUGCCGUGUGCACCCCGCAGAAUGACUUGACCGGCCCGCGCCUUCACCCGCUAUUCGACACGUAACCGCGACUUGUGAGUGUAGUGCGUACCACUCCGCUCCUGACGAACUAUUUCUUCGAAAAGGUUUCACUAAAAGUAGUAACCAAAUUCCAAAAAGAUGCCUUUCAAAGCAGCCGAGAACCCAAAAUGCCCCAAAUGCGGCAAGUCUGUAUACGCCGCAGAAGAGAGGGUAGCCGGAGGUCUCAAAUGGCACAAGAUGUGUUUCAAAUGUGGUCUCUGCGGAAAGUUUCUGGACUCCACGAACUGCUCAGAACAUGACGGAGAGCUGUUUUGCAAGGUCUGCCACGGGCGCAAGUACGGCCCCAAGGGCUACGGCUUCGGCGGUGGAGCUGGCACCCUGAGCAUGGACAAGGGCGACCAUCUGGCGGGAGAUGAUGGACGACCCUCCGGUGCCCCCCUGGACGUGAGAGCCAUAGUGAAAGCACCCCCCGGGCAAGGAUGCCCCAGGUGUGGGGGGUUUGUCUACGCUGCGGAACAGAUGCUCGCUAAAGGCAGGGCCUACCACAGGGAAUGUUUCAAGUGUGGUGAUUGUUCCAAACAUCUCGACUCAGUGCUAGUCUGUGAGGGCCCUGAUAAAGACAUUUAUUGCAAAGUUUGCUACGGCAAGAAGUUUGGGCCGAAGGGCUAUGGCUACGGCCAGGGUGGUGGAGCUCUCCAGAGUGACCCCAGUGUGACUAACGGUGAGAUUCCUGCUCCGCGUAUCCACGUCAUGGACACAGCAGUCAUCAAGGCAGAGCCUGGCAAGGGCUGUCCUCGCUGCGGCGGUGUGGUCUUUGCUGCUGAAGAGGUGUUGGCUAAGGGCCGGCCAUGGCACCGAAAGUGCUUCAAAUGCAAGGACUGCAAGCGAGUGCUGGAUUCAAUCAUAGCCUGUGACGGGCCAGACCGCGAUGUCUACUGCAAGACCUGCUACGGCAAGAAGUGGGGUCCACACGGCUACGGGUUCGCCUGUGGCUCGGGAUUCCUUCAAACCGAUGGACUAACAGAGGAAGAGAUUUCAUCAUCUCGCCCAUUCUACAAUCCUGAUACCACAUCCAUCAAAGCUGCCCCAGGUCAGGGAUGUCCUCGCUGUGGUGGUGCUGUGUUUGCCGCUGAACAACAACUCGCUAAAGGAACGAUGUGGCACAAGAAGUGCUUCAACUGCUGCCAAUGUCACCGACCUCUGGACUCCAUGUUGGCCUGUGAUGGGCCCGACAAGGAGAUCUACUGCAGGGCGUGUUACGGCAAGACUUUCGGACCCAAGGGCUUCGGCUACGGCCAUGCCCCUACCUUGGUCUCGACAAAUGGCGAGAGCACCAUACAAUACCCUGAUGGCAAGCCCUUUGGCGGCUCCAAGGCAAGUGACGGGAAGGGCUGCUCACGCUGUGGCUUCCCUGUCUACGCUGCGGAACAGAUGAUUAGCAAGAACAGAAUAUGGCACAAGAGGUGCUUCAGCUGCGUGGACUGUCGGCGUUCUCUGGACUCGACCAACCUCAACGACGCACCCGACCAGGAGAUUUACUGCAGGGGCUGCUACGCCCGCAACUUCGGUCCUAAGGGCGUGGGAUUCGGCAUUGGUGCCGGCACACUGACCAUGGCUUGAGCCCUUCACUAGCCUAGCCCUUGCCAUCCCUUCCGGCCCUCUCCACUCACCGUUCAAUAUUAUCUAGGGUUCGGGUCGAGUACAGAAACGAUUAAACUUAAUUUCCGGUUGUUAAAAAAUAUGCUCAAUUAUAUGCUUUCUGUUGUUUUAGCUUAUUUGUUAGCUUUAUUAAUUUACUAGUCUGUCGUGAAUCGACAUCGAGAUAUUCGUCUUCGGAUAAUGUUGACACAGCGGUCGGUGGAAAGGGCUCGCGGAAGGGAUUUUGAGUUUUAUCCGGUUCUGACUCGCGCGCUCAACGGGGCCGGAAGCACAUUCAGGGCUUAUUCGGGAUCAAAAGUAGACUUUUAUAUUUUUUUACAGUGAAUGAAAGACAAAGUGAGGUAGUUCGGGGACAUUCCUUUCCAUCUUGACCACUGUGUGAAUACCAACUAUCACAUAGGCUGUGUGCGCGUGUUGACGUUUUCUGCUGUAUAUAACACCCGGGUGCGACACGCAAUUCUGCAAUUUGGCAACAAGAACUAAAACUCCAGUCAAUGGGCGGUGUAUCCAAUAAUGCGCAAAUUGGGUACACCGAACGUUGCGCGGAAAAAAAACUUCACCGGCAGAAUUGCGUAGCACGCACCAAUAUGUUUAACCAUUUGUACAUAACGUCGUUGUUUUUAAAUAUUUAUUUAUAUUAUAUUGUUCACUGUCUGUAAAUAAGAAAAGAAUAAAGGAGUCACUGUUGAGGCUGAGACCAUCAUUGUCCUCUUUGACUCGCGGUAGUUUACAGUGGAAGGUUACGUUCGAAUUCGACAAGUCUUUUUCAGGAGAUUUUCUUGUUCGGGUUAAAAAUUAGUUUUUUUGGUUUGGAAUCAUCCGUUGGGCUAACAGGAGUCUCUCCUUUCGAACGACCAGAUUUUUUGUAAAGUCUGGGUAUUUAUUUUUCUACUUACCUUUUGGCAGUUCAAUCCGUUCCAAAUUCUCCUUACACCUUCAUAUAGGGCAAUACUGUUGCUGUAGCUUCACGCUAAGAUUGAACUUUCGCUUGACAAAUGUAUUUUAGUUUAUUAAAGCAGAGUGUUAUUAUACUAUUACAUUUUUUUGCCGAGCAAAAUAAUUUGUAAUACAGUUAUUUUGUCUGAAUAAAAAAAUAUAAAAUCCA